GGUAAACUGGGGGGCGCUGUCCGGAAUGGGGAGCACUGAUUGCUUAAAAGAGCCGGAAGAGCAGCGCGGUGUCGCUUCAGCGAGAGCGUGCGCUUUGCAGGGCAUGUUUGAAUCCGUGUGGACUCUGGGGUACAGAGGUAGAGUGGUAAAGUCGUCCAGCAUGGGAGAAGUGUUGUGAGGGGGCUUUGGUCUCCCAGGGCAGCUUCUCAAUCCGGAUUGGGCAGCUCGGAAGCAGAGAAGUGACAUCAUUGGCCUAUUUUUGGUCCCCUUUCUCCCCCCCCCCCCCACGUCCCCCCCACUUCCUCACUGAGGGGGAAAAAAACUGCAUCCUUUGUUUUAUUCCUGCUAUUUAUAUCCAACUGAAGAGUGGUCCAAUACCAGACAAAAACAAAAAUACUUCGUUCAUAAUGCCCGCUGGUGCAUAAUACAAGUCCAGGGUACGUUUUGGGGACCCGUCCACCCCCUGUCGUGUUUGGAGGCCCUACCCCCAUCUUUCAGUGGGUGUUGAUUGCUUCCAGGCACAGCUACCCCUCCGUCUCCUGUAACCUGAGUCGCUUGAGCUGACCCCCCUGCCCCCCCCCCCCGCCCCCCUCGAUCUGAUGUCAAAAUGUCCAGACAGGGCGCUGUCACUGCAGCCGUGGCAACCGUUCUGGGCGCCAUGGCGGGGGGCCUGUUGCUAUGGAGAGCCGUGAGGAGCCGGCGGAGGAAGCUCCCCCAGGCCCACAACAAGCCCCGCCCUGUGGGAGGAGGCCAGCCUGUGGGAGGAGUCUGCCCUGUGGGAGGAGUCCAGCCUGUGGGAGGAGUCUGGCCAGUGGGAGGAGUCCAGCCCAGCGCACCAGUGGAGGCGGAAGCGGAGAUCGAGGCCGUCCAGCCACCGACCUCCCAGUCGCCCCCGACGACGCCCCCACGAGCCGCGCCCCCGCCCCCGCCCCCGCCCCUGCCCCUGCCGGUGCCCUCCGUGGAGCGGCUGCUGGCGGCGCAGCGGGCGGUGGUGAGCUCCGAGGAGGAGUGGGAGCAGCUGUGGCCGUCCCUGCGGGGGGAGCUGUCCGUCUACCCCGUCCUGGGCCUGGACUGCGAAUGGGUCUCGGUGAAGGGGAAGGCCGGCUCGGUGUCCCUGCUCCAGGUGGCCUCGUACACGGGCCUGUGCGCGCUGGUGCGCCUGGCGCUGUUCCGGGGCGGGGGGCGCCCCCUGCCCGAAACGCUGACGGGCGUGCUGCGCGACCCGCGCGUGCUCAAGGUGGGCGUGGGUUGCUACGAGGACGGGAAGCGCCUGGCCCGCGACUACGGCCUGGCGCUGGGGUGCACCGUGGACCUGCGCUACCUGGCCCUCCGGCAGAGGCGGGCGGUGCUGAAUAACGGGCUCAGUCUGAAGUCCCUGGCGGCGGAUCUGCUGGACAUCCCGCUGGACAAGUCCCUGGAGCUGCGCUGCAGCGACUGGGAGGCGGGUCAGCUGACUUCAGAGCAGGUGACCUACGCUGCCCGGGACGCCCAAGUGUCCGUGGCCAUCUUCUUCCACCUUUUGGGCCUUAGCUCCGCCUCUAGCCCUAGCCCCACCCCUGGCCCCGCCCCCGACCCCACGGCAGCGUUUUCCCAGCUGUCCUCUCAGUGCCAGGGCCUGUUGGACGUGCCGUUCCGCGGGCGGGGCCUGGGGGAAGGCGGGGAGGGGGGGCGGUGCCUGGACGGGGAGAGGAGGCGCCGUAGCAGGAAGACGGCGUCCGAGAGCUCGGGCUCCGGGGACCAGCAGGUGCCGGACCCCCGGAAGAACAGACGCAAGCCCCUCGGCGCGGGGUACUCUGCCAGGAAGUCUCCGCUCUAUGACAACUGCUUCCUCUAUGCCCCGGACGGCCAGCCCCUGUGCACGUGUGAUAAGAAGAAGGCCAAGUGGUACCUGGAUAAGGGCAUUGGAGAGCUCCUUAGUGAGGACCCUUUCAUUGUGAGGCUGAAGUUCGAACCGUCUGGACGGCCCGACUCCCAGCACGACUACUACCUCACCGCCAAAGAGAACCUGUGCGUGGUGUGCGGCAAGACGGACUCUUACAUUAGGAAGAACAUCGUGCCGCACGAGUACCGGCGGCACUUCCCGGCCGAGAUGAAGGACCACAACUCGCACGACAUCCUGCUGCUGUGCACGGCGUGCCACGCAGCGUCCAACGGGCACGACGGGCAGCUGAAGCAGCGGCUGGCGGACGAGCACGCCGCGCCGCUGGGCUGCGAGGAGGGCGUGCGCCCGCUGGAGGACGCGGACCGCCGCCGCGUGCGCUCGGCCGCCCGCGCCCUGGUCACCGCCGGCGACGGCCUGCCCGCCGCCCGCCGCCGGGAGCUGCGCGCCGUGGUGCGGACCUUCUUCGGCGAGGGGGAGGAAGAGGAGGAGGCGGAGGAGGAGGAGGAGGAGAGCGAGGUCACCGCCGAGAUGCUGGAGAAGGCCGCCGGGCUCGAGACCAGGAUCUUCAACGAGAGCUACGUGCCGCACGGGCUGAAGGUGGUGCAGGUGUACGCCCAGCGGGGGCUGCGCGGCCUGAUGGAGCUGGAGAGGCGCUGGCGGCAGCACUUCCUGUCCACCAUGCACCCGCGCCACCUGCACCCGCUCUGGUCGGUCAACCACAACCACGCCAAGUUCCUGCGUAAGUACGGAGAGGACCUGCCCGUCCAGAUAAACUGAACCCGCCCCCCGUACCCCUCCCAGAGAGCGGGGGGGGGGAGAGGGGAGAGGGGAGAGGGCGGGCAGACAGCUGGAGGGGUGGACAUUUUUUGCGUGCCCCCCCCCCCCCCCCAUUCGUAGCUGGCCAGCCUAGGCGGUCUUCACCCUUACCUGCUGGCCCCGCCCAAUGCGGUCGCCAUAGAGACACUAAUAGGCCUGUCUGUCUGUGAAACCUGAGCCAACCUGAGUUUGGGAGAGGGUGGAGUCAGGAAAGGCGAGAUUGUUUUCCCUCUCUUUUUGAAGACGAGCACGCAUGGUGAUUUCAGAACACGACUUCGAAAAGACGAUGCAGUAAAAUGGUGACGGGUGGAAUGCUGCUGCAAGUGCACACUUUUUAAAGAAAAGAAAUUAUAUAUAUAAAAAAAAAAAAAUCCCCUAAUUUAAUCAAAUGAACUGCAUUUUUAGAAAGUUUUUGCUCAAACCUGCUCUUAAUACUUUUCCCCCCCAUUUGAAUAUUAUAAAUAAACCUGCAGGUUUGAAGCCUUAAUAUAUAUAUUUUCCCAUGUGUUCUGAAGUGUGAAAAAAUCAAUACUUGCUUUACAGAGCUAUAAUAAGGUGUCAAUCUUGUGCCCUUUUCACAUGAUGGGUGACUUAUGUUGGCCCUUGACAAACAUCAGCUUUUAGUCUGCCUUUUGCAAUGGGUGUGACUAUGGGCCCUGAGGUGAAUCUUCUUGCUCAUUUGCUGAUUACGUGGGAGGGCCUACAGGCUGCUCUGACUGCAGUCAGUCCCUGGCACCAGUGUCACAUUCUCCCUGGUUUGUGUUUGGACGAAAAUGUUGAGCACUGUGGAUGUGGGGGGUGGGGUGGGGGGGGGGGUCGGGGGGGUCACAAGGGGUGACCUUUAGUCCUGCUUCGGCUCUCCAGGCAGGACGUCAUGGUAACCGAUGUCGCCCCGACCCCCCCCCCCGGCAAGUCGGUGUCUCGCAAAAAAAUAGCUGUCCUACCGUUCGUCAGAAUCGUCCGCUUCUACGGGAAACCCGGCUGCUAGCCGAUCGCACACUAACGCGUUGGACGCUGAAAACUCCAGUGCCAACUUUUUUUUUUCCCAUUUUUGUAACCUGAGACUGUGACUAGAGCUUAACUCAUAAUUUAAACGUGACACUAUCGUAAAGCGCACAAACGCUCACCCUCCAGAACGCGCGGAACGCGUCCCUUUAUGAACUCUCCGUUAGAAACUGGCACCUUUUUGGUUUUUAUGUACAUUUGUCCAGAUGUAACCCUCUCCAAAGGCUGCUUUGUUUCCUUAAAUUGUAAAUAAAAUAUUAAAGAUCAUAUUUGUAUA